AUGGAUGAUUUAGACGAAGAACAACGUACAUUGAUUCCUCAUUCUUUACGUGAAUUAACUUUACAUUGCAUUUACAAAGGUUUUCAAUUAGGUUCUACAGUAACAUUAGCAACAGCAUUACCCUAUCAAUUAUAUAGAUCAAGAAAAAAUCCAUCAAUUAUUCCAAUAUUAAGUCGUGUUGGAACAGCAACAAUAUAUGGUGCUGUUGGUGGUGUUCUUCUUAGUAUUGCUAUGAUGCAUGGAAAAUUAUAUAAAGAACAAUAUAAUCAAUAUAAAAUAUGGGAUAGAGCAUAUCGUCUUAGAAAUUCUGCAAGUCAAAAUCGAGUCGAUAAAUUUACAUUAUCUUCAUCUAUUAUGGGUGGAAUAGCAGGUCUUAUUAUUGGUUUACCAACAAAAAUGAGUCCUAUAUCAGCAACUAAAGGAGCAUUAAUGGCUAUUCCAUUUGGAAUACUUGCACAUAUUAUUAUUAAACCAUUACAAAAUCCAUCUAUUGAAACACAUAAAGAUUAA